AACAAGGCUAAAGUUGCUUCACAAGCCAAAAAGCAAGCUGCACUUGAAGCUAACCAGGAGGCUCAACUUAAUUCUCGAAUGAUUCGUGGAGCAUUACUUGAAAUUGUUGGUCUUCCAGAAGCCACAAAAAAUGAUGCAGUUGAAGGAGAAGACGCUACAACGGAAGAAUCAAAAGAGUCGUCAGUGAAUGGCGGUAAAGACUCAGAAGUACCAACAGUUAUGAACUUGAAACAGUGGUUAAACGAGAAGCUUGACUCAAGUAUUCCUGUGGGAUGGAUUGAUGUCGAACCAUCUGAGGGGAAAGCUAUAAUACGAUUCAAACAACCUGAUACAGCAGAAAAAGCAUGGGCUAAAUUAAAAGAAGCAUUUGGCGAUAGUCCUGUUACUUAUUUAAACAGUGAACUAUCAGGUCGCGUAAUGAGUAAUUUGAAUAAGGAAAAUUCUUAG